AUGAGGUCUUAUCAAUUUUGGUUUGGUAACAAGGUCCCGGUGUGGUACGGUAACAUAUUUUAUUGGAGAGAGACGUCUAAAAGAGGAGAAGAGGAGAAGAGGAGAAAGGGAAAAGGAGAAGGAGAAGGAGGUGAAGAAGAGGGAGACGGAGAGGGAGAGGGACAAGAAGAAGAAGAAGAAGGAAGAGACAAUUUCAAUAAUGAAUGA